AUGUCCCUCAAUACCCAUCUACGAAGCCUGGUUGUCCAAAACUUGAACCUUAAAGGCGCAUUCAGCUCAAGAAAUCCCCGGAAUUCGAUGGCCCUGCGUCUUGUCCAUGUGCAAUCGCCCCAACUGAUGAAUAAUCGAUCCGAACGCAGACGAAGACGGAGCAGAAGACGAGCCAGGAGAAGACCAAAAGUGUUUUUGAGACGCGAUCAAAGAGUGUGCCUGGUCGAUGCCCCUUCCCUUCCCCUUUCGUUUUUCUCUGUUGUCGGCGCCAACAUCUUCCCCUUCUCGGGGCCCCUCUCCGCAUUUCCCACCCCACACAAAACCCGGGGAGGGACUGAUGUUCAUGGCCUUGCGCGCCGAUCGUCGCCUUUUUUAUGUUGUGUUCUACAGAGGUGGCUCUGGCUUGCUGAAGCGGGCAAGGUCACUGAGGGAGAGGAGGGUGACAAGAAGGAUGGUGAUGGAAAUUCAGGUUGA